AUGGUUCUAUAUAGAAUCAAAAAAUAUCUCAUUGGAUUUCAAAGUGGAGAUAUACUGAAGUAAGUAGAAAAUCUCUGGUGAAUGUUAAUAGUAUCCCAUUUUUUCAGCCAAAACUAAGAAACAAGUGCCAGUAAUGAUGGAAGUUCUUCAACAAUUCAACGUUGUUGUAGUUUUCUACAUAAAUGAAAGUACUAAAGAUGACGAAUUGGCGAUUUUAGUAGAACGUGGUGCGAUUCGGAGAAAGUUUUUGGUGGAAAUUGAAGUAUGUUUAAUUUUUUUUUUCCUAUCUAGAACAGAUAUUUGUGCGCAAAUUUCUGUUCCUUCAAAAUUUUGUGUAACAUUCUCAUAAAAAAUGUCUUUUGGCUUCAGGCAAAAUCACCAAUUGAUAAAACAGAUAAAAAGGAACCAAAUCAAUUGCACACUCUUGAUGUGCGCAGCAUUGUUUCCAAUCCGAAUGUGAGAGAAACCAUAAUUUGUGUUAAUUUUCGAAAUUAAUUUGAGUUUUUCAGGAUUCGGUAUUAUCCGAUCGGACUUGGCUAUUUCCGGAUGAAGAUGAUAGUUUGAAUGCUGAUGACUCUGUGUCAUCAACUAAGUAAGUUAAUUAGGCAAAGGUGGGGCCCAAAAGUGUUCAGAGAAUCCAUUUUGAAACUCGAUUUUCAGAACUCCUACUCCUACACUUGAUGAUUCGAAAACAUGUGAAAUUCACAAGGUUAGUUUUUGUUCCAUACGAAGUUCAUAAUCAUAAUGACUUUAUUCGGAAACAAUUGGAGUUAUUGACAAUUUUAGCAGAGUUCAUCGAAAAUUGCUAA